AUUACAAAUAGGGAGCCUGAAAAGAAUCAACGGUGCUGGACGGACCUGCAAUCUCAUCUCCAUCGUCCUCCUCGCUCCCCUCUUAUCCAGCGUCCGAUCCUCCCCUGCACCAUCCGAUCUCCUUCGCUCCACUCCCCCCGCUCGCGCGCGCCAAUUACAACUUCCCCGCAGCUGCUCGGCUUCCCUUCCCCCUCGGGCGGCGACGCGAUGGCGGAGGCUCCGGCGAGUCCCGGCGGCGGCGGCAGCCACGACAGCGGCGAGCACAGCCCCCGGUCCGGCGGCCCCGUCCGCGAGCAGGACAGGUACCUCCCCAUCGCCAACAUCAGCCGCAUCAUGAAGAAGGCCCUCCCCGCCAACGGCAAGAUCGCCAAGGACGCCAAGGAGACCGUGCAGGAGUGCGUCUCCGAGUUCAUCAGCUUCAUCACCAGCGAGGCGAGCGACAAGUGCCAGAGGGAGAAGAGGAAGACGAUCAACGGCGACGACUUGCUCUGGGCCAUGGCGACCUUAGGGUUUGAGGAUUACCUCGAUCCGCUUAAGAUUUACCUGGCCAGAUACAGGGAGAUGGAGGGGGAUACCAAGGGGUCAGCUAAAGUGGGGGAAGCAUCUACUAAAAGAGAUGGCGCCGCAGUUCAGUCAGUUCCUAAUGCACAGAUUGCUCAUCAAGGUUCUUUCUCUCACGGCACCAACUAUUCGCAUUCUCAAGUUCACCAUCCUGCGCUUCCGAUGCAUGGCUCAGAAUGACAUGUUCCAGCCCUUGUUGCAUGAGAUGAAGAAAUCACCACACUUGUUCCAGGCGUUUGACUCAUCUCGGCAUCAAGAUAUUCAUAAGAUGUGCUGCUGACAUUUUAGGGUGGUCUCUGCCAAUUGUGUUCAUUUGGAGUUGUUUUCCAGUGGGCUGUAUAUUUUAGCAUCUGCAUCAUAUUUGCUUUCAGCCUUACAUAUGUUUGGUUUAGAUUUUCUUGAUAAUGUAGAAAGGUAAGCCCCCCUGCGAGUAUUUAUCUUAUUGUCAUUUAGAUUCGACACCCAAGGAGGACGAGAAUGAAGUUUCUUUUUAGCUCUCUGUUUCGUUGGAGUUGUCUUGUGUAUUCUUGAGUUAGAAACUUGUGAACAAAUUGGUAUGCACAGUCCAUGUUUAUGUGACAAUGUCGAGGUCUGAGUGUAUAAUCCAGAAUCCAAUUCAGAUCGUAUAGUGCAAUUGCAUCAUAUUUGUAUGU